AUGGUUUCGGAUCCGGAUAUGAUCCAUUAUGCCUGCAUUGCCAAGGGUACAACCGUGUUGGCGGAGUUCAACUCCAAAGACGCCGCGGUCGGCGAGAUCGCCGUCAGGUGUCUCGACAACACGCCGCCGUUCCACUCCCAAUUCACCCACACCGUCCGAUCGAGGACGUACGCGUUUCUGAUCGAAGACGACUUCGUCUGCUUCGCUAUCUUCGACGAGAGGUUGGAGAAGCCCGAUGGCCUCGCUUUUCUGAUGAACGUCAGGUGCGCCUUUGCUGGGGUCUACAAAGGCGAAAGGAGUCUUCGAAAUCUGACUUCUCAUUGCUUUCAGGGAGAGUUGAAUCCGGUUUUCCACCAGCUACUUGGUUGCAACUUGGAUCGCGUGGAGGGAUUGGGAUCCCCAAAAGGAUUGAGAAUGAGCCACAGUGGCGGGUUUCAGGCCGGGUCGAGCCCGAUCAGGGGCCGACCCAGGUCUGGUGGGGAGAGCGGGCAGAAGAAGAUGAAGAACAGGUUGCUAGGUUGUGGGGAUAGGAAAGAGGGCGACGAGGACAUGGGAAGUGGCCUGAUCACCCACAAGAACGGGAGUUUGUACUCUGGUGAAAUAUCCGGCCAUCAAAAGGCGAAGAAAGUCUGGAAAAAGCAGGUUUGGGUUGUGUUGUCGCUUGAUAUGGUCAUUUGUGUGAUUUUGUUUGGUGUUUGGCUGUGGGUUUGCAGUGGUUUUAAGUGCAUCGAUUAG